AUGUGUUCACUUAAACUCUUUGACGACGUUAAUAGCAAAAGAACUAUUCUGUUUAUACUUGUGUUAUUAUCACUUAAAUUAAGUAGCCCCCAGGACAUAAAUGAUGAAUUUGUUAAUGAAGAUAGUGUAGAUAUCAUAACAGAAAUAAGUGCAAUAGACACAGAUAAAAGUGUGAAAAAAAUAAAAAAAAUAGGCGUAGAUAGUCCUUGUAGAUUAAGUGAACUACUUUGUGACACAGGACAAUGUAUAUCAUUAGACAAAUACUGUAAUGGAGAAGAUGAUUGCGGUGAUAAAAGCGACGAGCCGAAGGCCUGUUCACCGUGCAAUAGAACAUACAUGGGUGACGUAGGCCGAACAUAUGAAAUAGAAGUUCGCAGGCCACGAGAAGAUCACCUACCGUUUAUUUGCAACCUCAACUUCACAGCCACGGGUGGAAACUAUGGCGACAUUAUCCAAUUAACCUUCGACACAUUCACCGUAGGAAAAUUUGUAUCUUUUACAUCUGAUGGAUGUCCAGAUGGACAUAUGACUAUUGUGGAACGUAGUCCGUCUCCACCGACGGGGCAAUGGUGCGGAUCUGCUUGGGGAUAUACUGUUUAUUUUAGCGAAUCAGAUUCUAUAAAUAUGACGCUAAGGCUGGACAGACUAAGUCAGCAGGGUGUUGGAUACAAUUUUGACUUCAAGUUGGCUUACAAGUUUCUAAGACGGAGUGAAGCGCGGUUACGAUACGGGAAUGCUACGGUGGGGGCCUGGCGGGGAGAACGCGUCCCGGGUACUUACUGCGACCGCAUUCUAAGCGACUGCGAUCUAAGAGCGUGCCGCAUCCAGUCACCAAACUUUCCCGGCGUGUAUCCACGAAACGCUACUUGUACAUACCGUAUUGAACAUACCAAGAUUCCAGCUGAUAAACACGUUUUACUUGCCGUACGACAGACUAAUAGUCACAAAAUACAUAUCAAGGACCAAAUAGUAAAAUAUGACAGGAGUCAACGUGUUCUCAAGAUUUGGGAUCAAUGUAACGUGGUUCAGGAUUAUUUGACUGUAUGGGAUGGCCCAACUCGUGAUUCUCCAAUAUUGGUUCGUCUAUGUGGCGGUGAUGCUGUCCCUGAUAUAGUGAGCAGAGGUCCAAACAUGUUGUUGGAGUUUCAUACAUCGCCAUACGAUAACCCUUUUCAUCCAGUUCCUUUGAGUUAUUUACCUGGAUUUGAACUAGAAGUGCAGGUCCUAUACGUGGAUAAAGAUUCACAUUCGUACGUGCGUGCCGACGACCGAUGUCGAUUUAUUCUGCGUUCCUCUGACAAAACAAGUGGAAUAUUAAGAAACCCGCGGCAUUCACUACCACCUAAUACUUCAUGUGUUUACUUCUUUCAGGGUCGGCCCAACGAAAUUGUGUGGGUGUCAUUUGUGAAAUAUCACGCAGCCGGCACCGACCCGGCAGGUUUUGAUCAGCAAAAAGACUGUUCAUCUCAACUCACCAUUUGGGACGGAGCGGCGCCUGACGCUGACCUUGACCGAAAGUUAGAUAUGAGCGAUAAAAAAUUACUUUUGGGCUCAUUCUGCCGUGAAGAAUCGCCUCGAUUAUGUGACCACGCACUUCUUUCAAACGCAACUAGAGCCACGCGACCUUGUGCACCGAGCGAAAGUUACAUAACUACAGGACCAGCACUUACAAUAUUACAAGAACUUCGUCAAGGUUCAGCACUUUAUCCCGUAUCUUUCUUCCUCCGUUACGAGUUCGUUGACGUAAGUGAACAAGGACAGCCUUUAACAAACUCUCAAUCAGCAUGCGAUAGAGUUUUUAAGUCUGCUCAAACAUAUUCUGGAAGAUUUCAAGCUCCUCGGGCUAUAUUUUACUAUGGUAGAGGAGGUGCUCAAAAUCUUACAUGUAUUUUAAGAUUUGAAGCAAAAUAUGGUGAGCGAAUACAACUUACCUUUACCAAUACAUAUUUUGGCAAUAAAUAUUGUAAUACCUACAAAGACAGCAAGACCAGUCGUUGGAUAUGCGAUAAACCAAUAAAGAGAACCGUUGGUGGCGAAGGGUAUGCUCAAAUAAUGAUUACUGAAUUUCCUUGGGAAGGAGUACCAAUACAAAGAGACUGCCUGUGCACAAAUAGAUCAGAACCAUUAAACAUCCAUACCUUAACUGCUCCGGUUGUAGAAGUAAACUUUACAGUUACUAUGAUGAACAUUACUGAAGACUAUGAUGAUUUUGCGUUCGAAGGCGAAUUUAAGUUUAUAACAACUGGACCUGGUGAUGAAUCUGUAUGUUCGUCUGGGUGGGGAGAUAGGCGUUUGAGGGGAAGUAGUGGAGAAAUAAGGCUCUAUGAUAAAAGGCAAAAGUCUAUUUCAUCAGAAAUUGUUGGUGAUCGAAACGUUAUAUCAGAAAGUGUCAGAGCGGAAGUAGUUUGUGUUCAUAGACCAUGGCUUAUAGAACCAGGAGGUGAUGAAAUUACUCCACUGCAAGGUAGAUAUUUAUACAUGAAAUUACCCGGAUUCGAAAUUUCUCCAACAUCCAAGUUCUGUCCGACUCUCAAUAGACUGUAUAUAUAUGAAGCUCACGAUACAUCUAAAUUCCGAGAAGUUUGUCCAGAUGAAAACGAAUCAAUGGAAUUAUUUUCCCCUGGCUGGAAAACAGCUGAAACUACUUUAGAAUCGACACUGAAGCCUCAUGCCCGAAGUUACGUAAUUGAUUUUCUACAACAUGAACCAGCAGAUUAUUCUAUAAAAUGGAUAGAGUUGAUUAAAAAAUCAUCAAUUGAAGAAGAUGAUACAGCUUUUUUUCCAAACUCUGUUUCAUUAGAGUGCCGCUAUAAGUGCCCAGAAUUAAAUGCUUGUAUACCGUUUACGCUAUGGUGUGAUGGGAGCAUACACUGCCCAUCAGGUUUUGAUGAAGAAGACGCAAACUGUUCUUUUAGAAUAUCUCUACCGCCUCCUUAUGUUGCGGCAGCAGCAGGAGUGGGCUUACUUUUAUGUGCAAUCGCAGUAGCAUUGUGUGCAUGCCGCAGGCGAAGAAGAAAAGAAAAAGAAUUUAAGGCUAGACUAGAUGGAGCACUACCUUCCGAAGAAAGGCCUUAUGAUCAGGUCAAAAGCAAUGGUGUUUCAGAAACAACGCCUCAAUAUGCUACUGUACAAAAAUAUGCAACUUUAGAUAAAUACAGCUUAAGCCAAAAGUAUAGUGCUGGAUUAAAUGACGCGCGAUACUAUGACGAAGUUUCACAAAGAGAUAAACUUGCGGAUUCACGAUAUGCUAGUUUAGGUCGUGCGGGUCGUAGUGCCCGUGUUGAUAACUCUAGAGGUAAUGGAUCUAGAAGAGCAAACCCGGACAUAGGAUAUCCGGAUCUGAAAGACGGUUUUUGUUGA